ACAUAAAAUUUUGUGAUCAAUAUCUAAUGUUUUUUCUAUAAUAAGAUACAAUGAUAAUAAAAUCAUAUAAAUAAAUAAUUUUAUUUUAGUAGUGUUUAUGCUAAUAUAUAUUUACUACAUAUCGUUUACAUUUAAUUAUAUAUCAUAUACGAUAGAUAAGAUUGAUUGUUUUGAUUUAUUUAUCCUAAAAUGAUUGAGAAUAAACAAGAGUGGUCAUUUGAUUUAUAUGUGCAAGCCAAUUUAUUACAUAAUAGUAAAUGAUUUCUUAGUUAUUUAAUAUAUAGUUAUUAUUUUAAUAUUUCAUAAUAUGCAGAAAAAGAUAAAAUAAGUAAUAAAUAUAAAAUAUUUAUCCUGCACAAGACUCAGAUCUUAACUUAAGUAUUUAUAUCUUUAAUAAUUUUGAAUCUUAAUCAUUUUCUAUACAAGAAAUGAUAAUAAACUCAAAAAUCAAUAUUUAUAUCAAUCAAUAACCAAAAUGACAUAAAAAGGAGAAAAAAUAUCGAAGAUAGAUAGAUUGACACGUGAACGUAAACUUCUCAUAACCAUAAUUAACUUUUAAAUUGCUGAAUCAUGAUAUAAAACUGAGCUGAUAUAGUUUGAUUGUAACCAAAUAGUAGACAUGAAAUUCUCCGGCUUAAACGUUAGGGUUUUAUGCGAUAAAUAACUUUUUGACCCGAAAUAUUUUUAAAAAUGAGAUCAGUUUAUAAGUAAACAAAUUAUGUAAUUAACAAAAAAAGUUUUUAAAAAAUUGUUUAAAGACCAAAAAUAUUAAUUCGAUCAAUAAUAUAAAUUUUAUUUUCUUUACGAUAUUUCUUAAAUAAUUUUAAUAUAAAUUUACCCUGCGCAAGGCGCAGGUCUUAUCCUAGUAACAUUGUAAAUCUGAAAUGUUAAAUGUUAAAAUCCUCCCAAAUCAUAUGUUUCGAUAUAUAUUAACUGGGUAUGAUGUAGUGUACAAAUGGCAACUAAUAAAUUACGAUAACAUACAUAAGAAAGGAAAAACAUAUAUAAUGAUUUUGAAAGGCAUGUGUGGAGAAUCUUUGUAACUGCCACAACGGUAAGUUCGUUUAGCUUGUUUCUUACUUUCUCAAACUAGUUUUUUUUUUGAGCAACUUUCAAACUAGUUUAUCCAUUCAUUCAUUAAAACUAUCAUGAGGAAUUGAAUUAUUGGCCGACAAAAUAAACUAUCUGGUUUCACUUGAUAUCGAAUUUAAGGAUGUGGAUUAAUUGGGCUAAACUAAAACGCACACAAACUUGUUUCAUUCAUAAUGACAGUGAAGAAUGAAAGCAAAGUAUGUCCCGUUCAUUUAUGGAUAGCUCCCAUGUUUGUGACUUCGUAUAAUUAGCUCUUAUCCGUAAAAUAUCUUUGUUGUGAAAUUGCCAACACGAUCAUAUUCAUAACGCAUUAACGGUUAAAUAUUGGAUAUUGUGGGUCAUCGUAUAUUCAUAUAAGAGAGAAUGAUAAGAACUUACCACUAGUGAUAUUUUUGAAUAUAUUUCAGUUUAUAUCCACCAUAUUUUGACCAAUUUGUUGUGGUUAUUUGAUGAAUUUUCAGUUUUAUGGUUACUGAGUCUACAAUCCCAUUAUACUAGAUGAUAAAUCCGCACUUUGUGCAGGGUGAAAUACAUAAAAUAAUGACAUGUUUGCAAUUCAAAAUUAGUUAUGUAUUUACAAUUUUUGUUUUUGUUUUUUUCUACGUAUAAGAACAUGUUUCAAAUUUAAUAAAGCAUAAACAUGACACAGAAUAUUAAAUAAUGCUUAUUGUAGUUUUAUUUUAGUGAUUUGAUGGUGGUAUUUAUUUAAAAAUUGAGUUUGAUUUUUUUGUUUACCUCAUCAUUAUUAAUUUUACGUUUAUAAAAACAAAAUAUAAUUUUACAUUCAAUUUUAUUUAGUCCAUUUUUAUAGAUUCUUAAAAUCUAUGUUAAGCCCAAAACGAAUUCAAAUGGACUGAACUAAAAACAUAAUCUUUUAUUUCGGAGCUUCAAUGGAGAGAAUCGAAAUCAUUCUCUGUCAACAAAGCGAAGGAAAAAAAGAAAACAUGUUAUGCAACCAAAUUUUGCUCAAAAUAUUCUAUAAUAUUAUAUAUACAAAUAUAUAAAAUUUGCAGGAAUCCUUCCGGUUUCAUCUUACUAUUCCAAUCUUCUUUUCCAUAUAUAAUCAUGUUUUCCUUUUUAAUAUAUUAAAUGACCAAACAUAAAAAAAAAAAUUAAUGUUUAUUUAUUUUUAUAUUCGAAUUUGAUGAUAUAUAGUAAACUAUUAAGUAGUCCAUUUAAUGUCACUCUUUUAAUAAUCAUAGAUCGGUCCAAUUAAAAAAAACUGAGGAGCGACACAUAAGCAUGAUCGCCAAAAUUGUCAUUUAAUCAAUGUUCGAAGAUUAAUAUAUAUGGGAUAUCUAAUCUUUGCACUAACACAAACGGAAAACGUUUAGCUCUUGUUUAAUGGAUACCACUAUCGUUUGGUAGCCAGUAGCCAAAACAUAUAAGUUCUUAACAUUUUAUCACAAUGAGAAAAGAAAUAAGAUUUAAAGUUUUCUUGACAUGCUCUUAGAUUAAUGUUGUUGAAAGAGACCAUGAAAUGAUAACUCUUGUCUCCCUACUUUUACUAUUGGAAUUACUUUUUCAUUCUUUUUUUAUAUAUAUUUAUUUAACUGCAUAUUGUUGAACGAGAGAAUCCUAUAACUCUUUUAAUGGAUACUCAUACCAGUAUACGACUAACACAAUUGGCAGGAACAUAUCGUGUAUACAUGUAUAUUAUAUCAUAAUAUUAUUAUGAUCAUCGAUCAUGAUCACCACACCACACAAUAAAGGUGGGACGGAUCCAGAUAUCCGGGAAAUUUAAAGCAUUUAGAUGUGAAUCUGAAUUCGUCGAAUCAGUGAAUUUAAUAUCUGGAUUUAGAUCGUGGCUUCUGGAUAUCUGAAUUUUGGAUAUCCAUCUAGAUAUCAUAUUACCUGCGGAUACCCGGAUCCGGAUUCGGAUUCGUAAAAAUAAUUGAAAAAAUUAUUUUUAAGAAAACUUAAAUUCAAAAAAUAUAAAUUAAAUAUUUAUACAAAUUUUAUAAAUAUAUUUAUAUGUAUAUAAUAUUAAAUUAAAAUAUAACAUUAUGAAACUAAUUUUUAUGUAUAAAUAUGAAUAUAUCAACUAUAAUUAUUAAUAAAAUUAAAAUUUUAAAACUUUAAAAAAAUACGGAUCCAGAUAUUUAGACUUAAAAAUUAAGAUAUCUGGAUCCGGAUUCAGUUUUGACGGAUCCGAAAUUUUACUAUUUGGAUUUAAAUUCGGACGUUCCAGAUAUCCUAUUUUCGAAACAGAUUUUGGAGCGAAUCCGGAUCCUGGAUAAUAUCUCCAGGCCUACCACACAAAACAUGCCCAGCGACCCAAAUAUGGAGUUAUUACUUUCCUGACUUUACUUCCACUUGCAGUAAAAGUCAAUUGAUCGUUUUCAUUAAGGAUAUUCAUUUGUAUAUUUUACCCAAGAAAUUAAAAUUUAGCUUUCGCUCACGCUGACCCUAGUCUUUUCUUUGGAACACUGACCCAAUUGGUCGUCAUUUACGUGUUUUUCUUUAACACCAAAAAGCAAGGCAAUGUAUGUACCUAGUCCAUGCUAAAGCUACACGCAUAUCUGAAGAAAAUAACUAAGUCAUUCAAUUGAUAACCAAAUAUUUUUCAGUUUUAUACUUAGGUUCUAUGAUAUUCCACUUAAAAUUUGUGAACCAAGAUGCCUUUUUUCCAUGAGUAGUGAUCGGUUUAAUAAUUGAAAAAGGGAUUCCAUAAAACUUUUCUCAAUAUAUUGGUGGAAAAAGUUCGGUUACCUGCCUCUUUUGCUGACCAUGGAAUCCACUUCUCAUUGACUCCAUGCAUCUUUAGUUGUUUAUAUACAUAUAUACUUUCAUCUGCGUAUACUUUUUCUGCAUCAAAUUGGAAAAUAUGUAAUUAGAAGCAUCCGUUCCCGCUCUUUUCGGUGCGCUUGAUUUUCUUGGAUAAAGACAAGAAAACGUGUUGUAUCUAGGCCUAGUUGUAUCUCAAGAAAAACCGAAGAAGAAAACAAAAUGACUUUUAAAGAGUUGAGACUAUAGUGUGAGUGAGCGAGACCAAAGUCAGUAAACUACGAUGUUGGUCUUCCACCAAAUACUUACGGCAAAAGAGGGAAAAGAAAACGAUAAAUAUGCAUAAAUAUUUCCAGCAAAAGAAGAAGAAAAAAACUACACAUCCCUCUAUUUCAUAAAAUGUAUCAUUCUAACAUUAUUUUUUUGUUUCAAAAAGAAUCAUUCUACAUUGUUAAUAUAACUUUUAUAAAUAAUUAUUUUUCAAACAACUAGUAAAUUUUAUUUAAAUAAUUAUACAUUUAUAUUAGUAUAUUUUAUCAUUUUUUAAAAUCUGCAUGAAAUGUGACUUCUUGCAGAAUAGAGAGAAUAUAUAGUAUAUUAAUAUUUAAACAUCCACUUAAAUGAUUUUAGUCUUGUUUCAUGUUAACAUGUAGAAGAAAGAUUUGCAAAAAAACCUUUAACAAUAGUUAUAUUUAAAACUUACAUCAGUACGUUUUGGGAUAGAGUUUGUCUAAACCCUUUAUUUUCUUAGCUAUACCACAGAUAGAUAACUUUCUUAUAGUUUGCGCGGUAAAAUAUAUAGUGGAGUUAGUUGAAAUAACGUUGCAAGAUAUGAUACAAUCAUGUGCUAUCAUUUUAUUUAUUUUAUUUUUUUAGUUAUUUGAUUAAUUAUUAAAAUCUCAAAAGAAAAUUACAUACCUGAAAAAAGCUUGAUUUGCUUUAGGCAGCCCAACAUGUAUUUACUUAUUUAUAAGUCCUUCCCUCCGUAUGCUAAACUCCAUUCUCUUUCUCGUUCUCUCCUUCUCUAACACAAUUUAUUUCACAGAAUCAAAAGAUCUUUUAAGCUAAAAUUUAGUAGAAUUUAUGGAUAACCAAAUCAGUGCUCUUCUUGGCUGGCCUUACUACUCUCAUGGAAAGUCUACAGAAGAAUUAAGACACUCUCUUCUGUGCACAACACUAGAGCUAGAACAAACAAAAAUGUUUGCUCAUGAGGAAAUAAGGAAGAGAGAUGAACAACUCAUCAAUCUUAAAGACAUAUUAACCAAAACCAUUAAAGAAAGAGACGAAGCUCUCGAGAAAUGUCAGCGCCUCAUGUUCGAUAACCUCUCGCGUCAACAACAGAAGCAUAUGACUCCUCCUUUAUCCGGAGCCUCAAGCAUUGAUGAUGAAACAUUGCAGCCUCAAAAACUAGCAUCAAACAAGAGCUUCUCCUCCUCGGACUGCGAAGAGAGCUUCAUGUCACCCACUGAUCACGUCAUAAACCCACAACCAUCUCAGCCUGAAGAAGUCUCGGAAGCUGAGAUUAUGGAUCCACUGCUUCCAGACAAGCCACUGCCUGAGAAGGGUAAACUUCUAGAAGCUGUUUUAAAGGCAGGGCCUCUGCUUCAGACACUGCUCUUAGCUGGUCCAUUGCCUCAAUGGCGAUAUCCGCCACCGCCUCUCAAGACUUUCGAGAUCCCUCCAGUCACCGUCCAGUGUCCUAACGUCAACAAUGGGUGUGGAAAAUUCAACAGGACGAGAGUGUUCUCAGAUGGGUCACAUUCAGAGGCUAAGUAUCAGAAAGUUCUUCUCCACUGACCAACGAUCAACACAACACAACACAACUCUGGCUACUGAUUUUUACUCUAAAGUUGUAGUACUAAUAGUCAUCUGAUAUACCAUUUACUUAGGUCAGUUUCAAGAUUAACUCCCACUUAGGGUUCAAGUGGGAGUGAUCUUUUGUACAUUAAGGCUUUUGAUUAUGCGUCAUUGUGGAGACAGAGUUUGAUCCAUUUAGGGUUUAGAUUUAAACUAUUGAAAAAAAAAUGAAAAAAACUCCCCUGGUUUGACCUCCAAGUCAAUGGAGAGUUAAUGCUAUGUGUGAGAGUUCGCUAUCUUGUUUAUUUCUCUAGCGAUGCUUGCUGUGUUUUUUUUUUCUUUUUGAGGGUUUUGUAUCUCAAAUCCGUUUUCACACUCAUGUGUUUGGCUCCAUGAUGUGUUGAAUUACGGUUUCUUUUCUUGUUUUUAUUAUGUUGAGGGUUUUUCCCACUGA